AUGUGUGGCGGUGCAGUACUUGGCGAUUUCAUUCCCCGCAAUGGUAGUCGCCGUGUCACUUCCGUCGACUUCUGGCCCGUCUCCUCCUCCGGCCAAAAUGUCAAUACCAGUUCCAAAACAUCUCAACCCCACAAAGAUGUUGUGCAUGUUGUGAAAGGUGAGGAAUGUUUACAGACAGAUGGCGAGCAUGUUGUGAAAGGCACCAAGGGAAAAAGGCAGAGGAAGAAUUUGUACAGGGGAAUAAGGCAGCGACCCUGGGGCAAAUGGGCAGCUGAGAUUCGUGACCCGAGAAAAGGCGUUCGGGUUUGGCUGGGCACUUACAGUACAGCUGAAGAAGCAGCUCGGGCCUAUGAUAAGGAAGCUCGUAAAAUCAGAGGAAAAAAGGCCAAAGUUAAUUUCCCCAACGAGGACGAUGAUUAUAGUCACAACAAAUUCAAUCCCAAACCUCACAAUAAUGAACUGCAUAGCGGGAGUUGUUGUGAUUUUAAUCGAGUGGAAUCAUAUAAUAAUAGGUUUUAUUCAAGGAUGAAGACUGGCCCUGUUGUGGUGUAUCCCAGUAAGGAAGUUUCCGUAUCCAGGCACGGGUUGAAUUCGGGCUUGGAGAAUGGUUAUCCGUGUUGUGACCUGAAAUUGAAGGAGGAGAUGAGUGGAAAUAGUAGUGGUGGAAAAGAGACGGUAAUUAAGGUGGCUGAAGAGGCGGUGGCGGUGGCGGAGAAUGAAGUGCAGAAGCUGAGCGAGGAGCUAAUGGCCUAUGAGAACUACAUGAAGUUCUAUCAGAUUCCGUAUCUCGACGGGCAGUCUGGAGCGGCACCGCCUAAUUCGGCACAGGAGUCGGUAGUGGGCGGUGGAGCUUUGAAUCUGUGGAGCUUUGAUGACGUAACUCCUAUCUGA